UGCAGAGCCAGCCAGCGCGUCCUCCUCGCUGCUCCCCCCACCCCCGCCUGAGUCGCGGCCUGGCCAGGGCCCCCCCAGCGCCCCGACCGCUCUAUGCUCGGCUCGGCCUGCGGAGCCCGGCUUCCCCCCCCGCCCCGCAUGGCUCGCUGCCUCUGAGCGGGGCCAUGGAGGAGCCGGGCCAGGGGGCUGGCGGGGGGCCCCGGGCCCGCGCCGAGGGGGCCGCCGCGGAGAGCGAGAUCCAGAAGGCCGUGGAGUUCAAGGUGGAGGGGAACCGCUGCUACAAGGAGAAGAAAUUCCGGGAGGCCAUCGGGAAAUACCACCGCGCCCUACUGCAGCUCAAGGGGGUGCAGGGCCGGGCCGGGGCAGGCAGCCCGGAGCAGAGCCCGCCGGGCCCGGGGCGCUGCCCGCUGACCGAGGAGCAGCUGCGGCUGGUGGAGAGCACCGAGGUCGAGUGUUACGACAGCUUGACGGCCUGCCUGCUGCAGUCGGAGCUGGUGAACUACGAGCGGGUGCGGGAAUACUGCCUGAAAGUGCUGGAGAAACAACGCAGCAACUUCAAAGCCACGUACCGGGCGGGCAUCGCCUCCUACCACCUCGGCGACUACGCCCGCGCCCUGCUCUACCUGAAGGAGGCCAAGAGCCGGGAGCCCGCAGACACCAACGUGGUGCGCUAUAUCCAGCUGACGGAGCUGAAGAUUCUCCGCUGUGGGCAGCGGGCCGGCUACAAGGAGCUGAUUGCGUAGGGCCGGGGGGCUCCCCCCACGCCGGGCCCGGCCCCCCACGAGCCCCCGGGGGCGACACUCGCUGUCCAGCUUUCUCCUUUCAGCCGUUUCCUCCCCCUUGCGAGGAGGUGGCUGGGGGGAGCACUGGGGGGGGGUGAGUCCUACACGCACAAUGACCCCGGCCCACUUCUAGCCCCCACAGUGAUGCCGGGGGGGGGGCUUCCUGCCCCAGCUGCUGGAGUGACCCCCCCCCAGGCCCACAGCAGCAGCCUGCGGCCUGCUCUAGCCAGCGCUGGGGGGGGCGGCUUCUUUCCCCCCCCCCCAACUCUGGUGUGGGGAUAAAUCGACCCCAUAGCAUCAAGCAAAU